CACAUCCCAUCAGUUCGUCCCGUCUCACUCUCCCCUCUACAUCUCUCCUCCUUAUUAAGUGGAAAUAAUAUCUCAUCCUAUAAUCUCAUCUUGCCUCCUCCGUGAUAAGAUGGAAUAAUCAGUUGACAUUAUUGGAACAUUUGCCUGCUCUCUUUGUGCCAGUGAAGGAUAAAAACGUACGAGAAAAAAAUGGAAAGAUCUCACCAUUUCGGAGUUGUGUUCUUGGCCGUGCUUCUCGGCACGGUUGUGUCCACCGUGAUUGGGGGGACGAAUUCGUCGUCAUCGUCGUACAGUGGGAAGGAAUCGAGUAGCAAUAGUAAUAAACAGAGCAUUACGCCGUCACAGCUCAUGCCGAAUACGAUUGCUGGGUCGGCGUCGUCGAUAAGCAACUCGAUCGUUCAGGAGAAAGCGACUUCUCGACAGGCGAGAGACUACUCGCCACCUGGACAGAGUUAUGGCGCAGUGGGUGGUGGCGGAGGUGGGGCGGAUGGUGGUGCUGGGGGACAGGUGGCGUCCAGUUAUGGAGCCCCGCAAGCUAUUUCCGGUGGGUAUGGAGGCUCUGCGCAGGGAGGUGGAUACACACCGCAGUAUGCGAUCCCACCAAUUGUCCUGCAAAGUCAGGCAAGUGGAAUGGGGGGAGGUUGGGGUCAAAUGGGUGGUGGUGGAGGGGGUGGAUGGGGGAUGGGAAUGGAUGACGAAGACGAAGGUGGUGGUGACCUGAAGGACUUGAUUGGUCUUGCGGGACUCGGUGGAUUGAAGGGACUCAAGGGACUGAAGGGGUUGAAAGCCUUGAAGGCUGCGAAGGGGCUGGGACUUUUGGCAUUGAGCCCGAUUUUGCUGCCCCUCUUACUCUUGGCCCCACUCCUGUUGUUACUGCCACUUCUGUUAUUGCUCUUCAUCCCAAUUCCAGUCAUCACUACGGGAAGACGAAAGCGUGACGUUAACGGGCAAGAGAUCCCAACCAAAAAGUCACUGCUUCAGGAAACAUUGGACGACAUUAUGAGACAAAUUCCAUCAGAUUUUGCUCGUCUGGACUGGCGUGACGUUGAUGGAUGCAUGGACAAAUUUGUUUGCGAUACGGGGGCCAUGGUGUCUCGCGUGGCACCUUCGAUGGUGGACCCUGCCGCCUGGAUGUUGGAGAAAAUCUGGCCAGACGGUUUGCAAAGCAAAGUACUCACUUUCCGAAGAGUGGGCAAACUUGCGCCCAUGAAAAGAGAAUCUUUUUGUCACUCCAAAUUUAAAUGUCGGGUGAAGAAAUUGGAAAACCUUUUCCACAAUUUGGUGGUAGAGCAGACGGGGAAACUAAAAUUUAAGCUGCAGCAACGCCUUCGUCCCGAUGAAAUUUCACCAGCUAAUGUUCUCCGAGCUUUGCUCUCUACCGAUUAAUUAAACUUUGAGCUCAUUCUCUGUCCUAAUUUAAAUACUUAAUUUAUGAGAUUGUUAUUUUUGUUAAGUUUUGUUGAUUAUAAUAAAUAACGCUAAAACUA